GGGCCGGGCCCGGGGCCGGGGCCGGGGCCGGUGGCGACGGCGGCGGCGGGGCCCCCGCUAUGGCCCAUUUCGAGACGCAGUACCAGCGUCUGGAGAGCUCCUCCACCGAGUCUCCUCCCGGCGGUGGCGACCUGCUCGUCCACGUCCCCGAGGGCGCCAAGUCUCCGUGGCAUCACAUCGAGAACCUGGACCUCUUCUUCUCUCGCGUCUAUAACCUGCAUCAGAAGAAUGGCUUCACUUGCAUGCUCAUUGGAGAGAUCUUUGAGCUCAUGCAGUUCAUCUUUGUGGUGGCAUUCACCACCUUUCUUAUCAGCUGUGUUGAUUAUGACAUCCUCUUUGCCAACAAAGCGGUGAAUCACAGCCAGCAUCCCAGUGACCCCAUUAAAGUGACUCUGCCAGAUGCCUUCCUGCCUCCAAAUGUCUGCAGUGCAAGAAUCCAGGCAAACAGCUUCCUCAUCUGCAUCCUGGUGAUAGCUGGGGUUUUCUGGAUUCACCGGCUUGUGAAAUUUAUCUACAACAUUUGUUGCUACUGGGAAAUCCACUCCUUCUACAUCAAUGCUCUCAAAAUCCCCAUGUCUACCCUGCCCUACUACACCUGGCAGGAGGUGCAGGCCCGCAUCGUGCAGAUCCAGAAGGAGCAUCAGAUCUGCAUCCACAAGAAGGAGCUGACAGAGCUGGACAUCUACCACCGCAUCCUCCGCUUCAAGAACUACAUGGUGGCCAUGGUGAACAAGUCACUGCUGCCCAUCCGCUUCCGCCUGCCCCUCCUGGGAGACACUGUCUUCUACACGCGCGGCCUCAAGUACAACUUUGAGCUCAUCUUCUUCUGGGGGCCCGGCUCCCUCUUUGAGAACGAGUGGAGCCUGAAGGCUGAGUACAAGCGGGCCGGGAACCGCCUGGAGCUGGCCGAGAAGCUCAGCACUCGCAUCCUCUGGAUUGGCAUCGCUAACUUCCUCCUCUGCCCCCUCAUCCUCAUCUGGCAGAUCCUCUACGCUUUCUUCAGCUACACGGAGAUCCUGAAGCGGGAGCCGGGCAGCCUGGGGGCCCGCUGCUGGUCCCUCUACGGCCGCUGUUACCUGCGUCACUUCAAUGAGCUGGACCACGAGCUGCACUCACGCCUCAGCAAGGGCUACAAGCCAGCUUCCAAGUACAUGAACUGCUUUAUCUCCCCGCUCCUCACCAUCGUGGCCAAGAAUGUGGCCUUCUUUGCUGGCUCCAUCCUGGCAGUGCUCAUCGCUCUCACCAUCUAUGAUGAGGACGUGCUGGCAGUCGAGCACGUCCUCACCACAGUCACCCUGCUUGGAGUGGGCGUCACAGUGUGCAGGUCCUUCAUCCCUGACCAGCACCUGGUGUUUUGCCCAGAGCAGCUGCUGCGAGUCAUCCUGGCACACAUCCACUACAUGCCUGACCACUGGCAGGGCAAUGCCCACCGCUACGAGACCAGGGAUGAGUUUGCCCAGCUCUUCCAGUACAAAGCGGUCUUCAUCCUGGAGGAGCUCCUGAGUCCCAUCAUUACCCCCCUGAUCCUCAUCGUCUGCCUGCGGCCCAAGUCCUUGGACAUCGUUGACUUCUUCCGCAACUUCACGGUGGAGGUGGUGGGCGUGGGAGACACCUGCUCCUUCGCCCAGAUGGACGUGCGCCAGCAUGGCCACCCGGCGUGGAUGUCAGCAGGGAAGACGGAGGCCUCCAUUUACCAGCAGGCCGAGGACGGCAAGACGGAGCUGUCGCUCAUGCACUUUGCCAUCACCAACCCCAAGUGGCAGCCACCCCGCGAGAGCACGGCCUUCAUCGGCUUCCUGAAGGAGCGGGUGCACCGGGACAGCAGCGUGGCACUGGCUCAGCAGGCUGUGCUCCCCGAAAACGCCCUUUUCAGCUCCAUCCAGUCCCUGCAGUCGGAGUCAGAGCCUCACAGCCUGAUUGCCAAUGUGAUAGCGGGCUCCUCAGCACUGGGCUUCCACCUGGGCCGGGAUGGACAGGCCUCCCGCCACCUCUCUGAAGUGGCCUCAGCCCUGCGUUCCUUCUCACCGCUCCAGUCUGCCCAGCAGCCUCCCAGUGGCUUCCAGAUGGCGGGCAGGGAUGGGGAGGGAGCCCAGCCUCGGGGCGCCAGUGCCAUGACAGCCUCCAGCGCUGACGCGAGGACCGUGAGCUCGGGGAGCAGCGCCUGGGAGGGACAGCUCCAGAGCAUGAUCCUGUCGGAGUACGCCUCCACCGAGAUGAGCCUUCACGCACUCUACAUGCACGAGUUGCACAAGCAGCACGCCCAGCUGGAGCCCGAGCGGCACACUUGGCACCGGCGCGAGAGUGAUGAGAGCGGGGAGAGCGCUCACGAGGAGCUGGAGGCGCAGCGGGGUGCCCCCGUCCCCAUCCCGCGCUCCGCCAGCUACCCCUUCGCCUCGCCGCGGCAGCCGGCCGAGGAGACGGCCACGCUGCAGACGGCCUUCCAGCGCCGCUACGGCGGCAUCACAGACCCGGGCACAGUGCACAGAGCCCCGUCGCACUUCUCCCGCCUGCCCCUGGGCGGCUGGGCCGAGGACGGGCAGUCGGCAAGGCACCCGGAGCCCGUGCCAGAGGAGAGCUCGGAGGAUGAGCUCCCACCGCAGAUCCACAAGGUAUAGCCUUGUAGACCGGGGAUCUCGUGGGGGCUGCAGCCCGGGAGCCGCCUGGGCAGCAGGACGUGGCGUCAGCCUGACUCUCCCCCCGUCUCGAGCGGACAGGGUAGUCCCAGGCACUGUUUUGUUGCCAUCGACUGCUGAAGAGACACGAGUGCCAGCAGGCCGGCGGCUUGGUGGUGACACCCUGUGUCCAGCCAGGUCCCCGGGCACCGCCGCCCUGCCUCACGUGGGGCAAAUGCGUGUGAGUACGUCCCUGUGUCUGUGUUCACAUCCGUGUCCGUGUCAGAGCACCGCUGCAGAGCCUGCGGAAGCUGACGUGACACAACACCCUGGGGACCUGUGGACUGGCUCAGAGGUGGCGGCAGCAGCAGCUGCCGUUCGAAGGGGUGUGAGGUGGCACCAGCUCCAGAUGUCCAGCCGGAGCUGGGAGCUGCCUCCAAAAUGAAGGCAGGAGCUGAUGAGGGGGUCUAGCUCAGCCUGUAGCCCCGAGGAGGUGCCCAGGACCACAUUCGCCUUUCUGGAGAGGACCAAUGUGCCCCUCAGCCUGGAGCAGGACAGCAGCGGGGCAGUCAGUCGCCCACCUCUCUGCCCCAGCACCUUGCAGAGGGAUGUGCCCCGCUGCUGCUGCUGCUGCUGGAGGGGUUAAUGGGGGAUCUAGAUCUGGUGGGAACAGCUCUGACUGGGAUCUGAGGAUUCUGCAGCUCUUCCCCUACUCUCACAACAGCUGGCCCAGCCCCUGCAAGCAAGGAAGGGUCAGUGGGGAGAAAGCCCUGGGUCCCUGUCGGCACUCCCAGCAGGCAGCCUCCAUGCCAUACCUCUGGGCAGGGCUGCAGUGUCCCCCUCUGCACACCCAGGGCUGCGGGCUGCUGCUGGGCCCUCCUGCAGUGCCAAAGGGACCUCUAUGUGAGUAGCCUGGCCUCUCCCCGGAGGGCUUGCAGCCCCUGGAGCCCACCUGGAGGUCUUGUGCUCUGUGCAUUGGUUCCCUUCCCCCAGGCAUGACAAAGGCCUUUGCCCAGGCACCAGUGCAGUCUGUCCUGCCACAGACGUUUCUGUGGUAUUGGGCCUUUCCCCUUCCCCAUGCAAAAGCUUCAGCAUGUCUCAGCUCCUCCUUCCCUCCUGAAACCAUCCUUUUGCUUGAAACGUGGCUUCAGCUGCUGUGGAGACCACGGACCUGGUGGGGCAAGGAGGGUGUCCUGAGCCCAGAGGGGAGAGAGGCAAACCCCAGCCCAGCCUUGGGGGAAGAUCUACGUCCCGCUGUGCAGCAUGGCCUGGGACAUGGCCUUGCCACCAUUGUUCUGCUUUCCUUCUCUUCCCAUGGCAGCUUCCGAGGAUCUGCAUCCCAGCUCACCCCUGCCAGGCUUUGCUUUCCCCGCCCUCCUUCUCUAUGCUGUCCUCUGCUCUGCCUGGAGCCAGAGCUGCCUCUUCCCCUGCCAGGGUAUUGCCCUCUGCGCUUUGAUCCCAGGCUGGGUGUGCUCUGCCUAGCAGGGACAGGCCCUCUGGGGCUGGCAGGCUCUUUGCUGCCGUGGGGAGGGCUGGAGCCUGGAGCCAGGCUAUCACUGUAAGAGACCACAGCCAAUGUGCUAAAGCCAAGCCGGUGCUGGGGGCAGGACAGGGCCAGGCACGGGGGCCUCACAGAGGAGCCACUGCAACAACCCUCCAGCAGCUCCAGCCCUGGGCUGUCGUGGCACAGGAAAAGGGAACAGAAGGCAAACCCCUCGGGAACCCAAGCCUUGUGCAGCUGGCCCUGGCCUUGAGGUGUGCCUGCUGAGCAUAGAGCAGCCACCUGGGACACGGGCCGUAUGUCUGGGACCAUCCCGGGGCUGGCAGGAGGGAGAGGCCGGGCAGGAGCAGGUCCUUGCCGCAUGUUGUGCUUGUGUCGUCGGUGUCCCCCGUGCAUGGCAAGCUGCUCCUCAGCCCCUCGCGGGGGGCGGGGGGAGCGGGUGUCGCGCCCCUGUGCCCUCGCUGUACAGCUGUAUAGCCGUCUAAUAAAGAGGGGCCGUAUCAUCCCA